AUGACCAAAAAAGAAGAUGAAAAGAUUCCUCGGGCGGGGAAACAACUCGUGAGAUCGCGAGCUCUAGGUAGAUAUCGUCUUCCUGAAAGUAUUUAUGCAGAAAAGGAAGAAGGUUACGAUGGACACUUACAAUGGGACCCAACCUCAAAGAAAACCCUUGUUAUGAUGCAACAGUUUCGAGAAGCUGUAAAGUACGAUGAUUUAACUUUGAUAGUUGAAACUCUUGAUAGUUUGGGAGCUGCAGGAACGGAAGCUCAAAUUCUUCAUAUUGCUGAUUUGAUUUUAAAUAAAUCAGCCGAACCAUUGAAAGAAGCUUUACUGUGCGCUAUCUGUAUUGGGAGUCGUCCUUUGACUGAAUUCAUACUGUGUUUGUUCGACGAUUUUGCAUUCAGUGAAAGAACAGCUUGUACCGAAUCCAGUGCGUUUCCUCCUCAUAUGACGCCACUUUUACUAGCUUGUAUAAUGAACAAUUUCGCAAUUGUGGAAUGUUUACUACUCAGAGGCCACACAAUCAGCCCUCCACAUCAUAAUAACUGCGGAUGUCUUCAUUGCUUAAGAAUGCCCCAUUCUGCUUUGGCUUCAAUGCAAAAGGUGGAUAUUCUAAGAGCGUUAAGUUCAGAAGCAUACUUAUGGCUUGCAACAGACGAUCCAUUCGCAGCAGCUUGUGCUCUAGCCAGUGAUCUACAACAGUUCAUACGUGAUGAUAAUUUAGAAUAUAUGGACUGGUACAGAAGUUUGUUACAAAAUGUUCAGCGGUUUGCUGCUCGCUUAGUUGAUCAAGCUUGGUCAGAACAUGAAUUAGAUUUGUUUCUGUCACAUAGAGACUAUAGUCCACUCCUUCUGUGUGAGGACCCAUAUCCAAGAGUUCAAAUGGCUCUAGAUUCUGAAAUGAGAGAAAUGGUAUCAAGUACGAAUGUUCAACGAGCUAUGGAAGAAAUAUGGUGGAGAGGAUGGGGUAGUUAUGGUUCAAGUCCAAAGAGGGAUUCUUAUCGUAACUUCCGUCACUUCAUUUGCUAUCCUAUUCUAGCUCUUCUUUAUAUCAUAAGUAAUGGCAAGAUGGUGCAGUCAUUCGAAGUACCUCUAGCUCGAUUUAUAAGUAAUUUGUCGUCAUAUUUUGGAUUUGUAGCCUGUUUGAUCAUAGUUCGACUGUUGCGAAACAACUAUGUACAGUUUCCGUUUAACUCAGCUAUAGCAACAACGUUAGAAUUCUAUAUUUUCUUAUAUGUGGCUGGUAUGUUAGUUGAACGAUAUAUUCUAUUCUCGAGACAUGGAUUAAGAAAUUAUUUUCGAUUUUGGUGGCGAUGGUUUGAUUUUAUGCUAAUCGGAGUAUUUUUGCUGUCAAUCCAUUUAUGGAUUACAAUAUUCUUUGUUUCGGAUUCAUUUCUUAUGAAUACACAUCGUAUUCAUUGGACGUGGUACGAUGAACAUCUUCUAUAUGAAAUAUAUUUUGGGACAGGAUGUGUCUUAGCUAUAUGGAAAAUAUUUUAUUUUUUUCAACUACGCAAAGGAUUAGGCGGUAGUAUUAUAUCAGUUGGAAAAUGUGUGUCAACAGUCUAUAAUUAUCUUGUGAUUAUGGCGGUUAUUAUGCUAUCAUUUGCUGUUGGCAUUAAUAUUAUAGUACAACCUUAUUUAAAUAAUAUUGACAAUACAAAUGGAAUGCAACGAUCCACAAGUCCACAUUUCACUGAUAUUGUUUCAUCGUAUCGAAAUCUGUAUUGGUCGUUCUAUGGAUAUCUUGAUCCUCAGUUUUAUCAAAUCAUUGUUGGCAACAUGGGAGAUGAUAAUGAAGCUUCAUCUCACGUAAUAACUAACUUUUCGAUUGAAAUUCUGAUGGCUGUUUAUCAUGUCAUUGUUAUAAUUACUCUUCUUAAUCUUAUGAUAUCCUUAUUGGUAAAAAAAGCUGAUGAAGUGUUGGAGAAUGAGGAAAUGGAAUUCAAGUAUAUUCGCGUAGUGGUAUACUCAGAGUAUAUUCAUUGGACAUCAGCAGUUCCACCUCCAUUCAAUCUUCUCUAUAUUGCAAAAGAAUUAAUAUGUCGACUAUUUGAUGAAAAAUACAGGAGAUCCUGGCCGGAUUUUCUUGUUGAUUCGAAUAUUGUUCAACCAUCAUCUGAUGAAUGUGAUCAAGAACAUUCAGCUUACAGAAAUUUAUUGUUAAAAUCGUUUCAACGUUAUCGCUCAAGUAAGGAAUGUCAUUAUAAAACUGUGUUCCGUACUGAAUUCGAUGCUAAAGAUAAGCCAACUCAAUGUGUGCCGAAAGUAGCUUUCAUGAAUGGACCACCAACUAGAGUAGAGGUCGAUGCAGGAAUAACUCUCAACACAACCCCGACACCAUUUACGGAUGAAAAUAACAACAUUGCUGUGCCCACCAAAAGACGAAAAGAUUCUACUAUUCGUAAAAAGUAA